AUGAAAAGAUUGCAGCUCCUACGCUGGAGCGGUGCCGUUGUAUCGCCCCCAAUACGGUCCUGUCGCAGCUCAUAUCUACGGCCCUUCCAGCACCAGAGGAAUGGAAGAUGGCUUUCCUCUGCAGCCGCGCCCGUAAUUCCUGACCAUGACCUUCCCAUCUCACACGGCGUUCGGACUCGAAGCCCUCCGCUCGCAUCUGCAGAAGAAUUCAUAGCUUCUCCAAAGCUCUCCUCCCUCCAUGCCCGACUCUCAUUACCAGAACGCCUACCGCUUCAGACACUGGCUCGCACCCUAAUUGAUGCCUCCGCCGAUACCUCGACCCAAUUUAACAAUCAUUCCUUCUCUGUUCUAGGCAAUGACCUUCUCUCCUAUUAUACUACCGAACACCUCAUUACCCAAUAUCCACGGUUGCCUAUGUCGGUGCUCUGGACAGCGAUGUAUGCAUACAUAGGGCCAAAGGCAUUGGCUGUCAUGGCCAAUGAAUGGGGCGUUGAGCACGCAGCGGAGCCGGGCAGCGAGGUUGACCCUGCUUAUCUCCAAUUCCGGAUAGCAGACCAGCAAACAAUAGAUAAGGAGAGCGAAGAAAUACCUGCCGGAAUAUCUCGUCAACCUCUGCGCGGCGAGAAAUUCAGACGAGGGCUCGGCUCUUUAUUUGUUAAUGAUGUCGAAUUUUCUGAGUGCCGUGACGUCGAUCCAAACACCUACGGAGACGCUGUCACACCAACUCGGGCCUCUGCAAACUUCGUCCGGGCCUUAAUGGGUGCUGUAUACCUACACGGAGGGCGACGUGCUGCAAAGACUUUCUUCGAGGAACACUUCAAGUCCCGCCAACUACCAAUUGCCGAUCUCUUCGGCUUUACUGAACCCACACGUGACCUCUCCAAAUUAUGCAAACGAGAAGGCUUCGAAGCUCCCGUGGCCAAGGUUAUAAGUGAGACGGGCCGACUCAGCAGACACCCAGUGUUCAUAGUGGGUAUCUUCUCCGGCAAGGACAAACUUGGCGAAGGAGCCGGAUCAAGCUUAACUGAAGCUCGUGUCAGGGCAGCUGUUGCCGCAUUGAAGAGCUGGUAUCUUUACAGUCCACUCAAUGCCAGAGUUCCCAGUUCAAUGGAGGAAGAAGGCGCAGAACCCUGGAAACGAGCUCAUAUUGAUCCAGGAGAGAUCAUUGUUUGA